CAGGAUCAACCUCCAAAAAUAAAAACACGAAAUUUUCACGAAAUUCAGAGCUCUUUUCUGAUGUCACGCUUGCGAAACAAUAAAAUUCAAGUGCAAUAAAUUGACGAUUGUCACCGAAAUUAGUUAAAAACGUCAAAAUGGACGAGAAUAUUUGGAUUAUUGAGCUCGAAUCUGCCUUAUUGGAGAAUGAUUGUGGCCAAACAGACAUUCUGAAUAUCUGCAAAGGUCGCGAAAUUCCCGAACAAAUUCGUCCCGAAGUGUGGCUCUGUUGUCUAAAUGUGCGAAAUAAAGAGGACUCGAUGAAAAGUUUCGACGAAGUUUUCGAUUUGCCGUAUCAAAGUAGGCUGCGAACCGAUAUUCAAGCGUCUGUCGAAAAAUUGGGAAAUGACGACGAUUGGGAAUUGAUGGCUGUCAUGUCAGAUUUGGAGUCAAUUUGUACUUUUUAUUGCAAACGGAAGGGCGUUGAGUAUGAUUCGAGCUGGAUUGAUCUGCUUUUGCCGCUGUUGUCGUUGAAAGUUACGAGAGCAGAAACCUACAACUUGUUCGAAAGCAUCCGCGAUAGUUACAUUCCAAAGAACGCAAAGGAGGCAUUUCCAUUAUUGCGCCUCCUUUUGCAAUAUCACGACCCAGAAUUGCUGUCAUUUCUCGAUAGCAAACGAAUUACGCCGGAAUUGUAUGCAAGUCAUUGGUUCAAUACACUUUUCGGCGCCACAUGCACCUUGCCAGUCGUACUUUCGCUAUGGGACGUGUACUUUCAGCACAACGAUCCCUUCCUAAUUUUCUUCAUGAGCCUCAUUAUGCUGAUUAACGGUCGUGACAACAUCAUGGCGAUGCAAUCUGAGGAAAAAACCAUCAUUGUUGACUACUUGAAGAACAUGGCAAGUGCUUUGGAGCAAGAAGAUGUUCAGGAUUUCAUGCAGCUGGCUCAAUAUUAUUCCCUCAAGACGCCCUCGACCUUCAAAACGGAAACAUUCCAAACGUUCUUCGGGCUUGCGAGUAAAACUUCUCAAGCAGCAGGACAAAAAAUCGGCAUUUCCGAGGCCCUUUGCUUGCCAGUGAGUGUUAAUGAGCUCGUUGAAGUGAGUUCCAUCGAGCGAACGCAUCCCGAUGCCUGUAAAUUUUUCCUCGUGGAUUGUCGCAGCGCUGAUGAAUACAAUAAUGGGCAUUUGUCGAAUGCGUUUCACUUGGACUAUAAUUUGAUGUUGGCAGAUCCGGCGGCAUUUCAAACUGCGGUGAAUGGAUUGUUGCGAAGCCAAAAACAAGCGAUUGAAUUACAUGCGAGUGGCGAGCAUUUGUGUUUCGUGUCGGAUAACGAUGCGUACGUUUUUAUGGUGAUUUCGUCCUUUUUGCAGAAAAAUACGAAAUAUAUCUCGGUUUUGAGCGGAGGAUUUCAGGCGAUUCACGAUUACUUUGGGGAUCACAUGUUGGAUUGCUUGGAGGAACAUAACAUGGCAAAGUGCUCCGUUUGUGUCAAGAAGAGAGAAAAUGGAACAAAUUCCGACAAAGACACCUCAGUGACAUCCGAAUCCUCCGCAAAGCUCACAAAAUCCACAUCACACGACUUAUUCGGCAAAAUCUCCUCCGUGAUGAAGUCAAAAAGCGCCGAAGUCAAAGGAAAAAUCAUCGAAUACAUCGUCAACCCAGUUCAAACGCCCUCAACGCCACUUACCGAACGUCACGUUUACCCGAACGAGCGCAAUGGCAAACGUUACCGAAAUGUGCCGCCCGUUUUCUCCAUCGACGACACCGACGACGGCGAAAUGUCGAGUCCCGUGUUCCAAGAGGAGGACGAGUCACACGAAACCCUGAAUUUACCGAAUUUCCUGAAAGAUUCGUCGAUUGUGCGUUCGUUCACGUGCCAAGAAGUUCACAUGAACGGCUUCAUGUACGACACCGUGCUCGCUUUCACGGACAAUCACAUCAUCAUUCUGCGCGAAUUGGGACAAGAUAAUUUGGCGAAAAUUGUCGCAAAACGAUCGUUGAGCUCGAUUGUGAAGAUAACGGCGAAGAAGCGACAUCAGAAUUUGAUAACGUUCAAAUAUGGCGUACCUGAGGGAGAAAAUUUGAUCAUCACAGACAUGGAUAGAUUUCUGAUACCGAAUGCCAAUGAGGCGACAAAAGCCAUUUCGAAGCUGAUUUUAAAACAAAUGUAGAUGCUUUAAAAUAUUUACUUAACAUAAAAAAAGUCAUGAAAGUGAGAAAUAUUCAAAAUAUUUACGGAAUUUUUAUUAUUUGUGAAUUUUAACGAAAAAUAAAUGAAA